AUGACAAGAAUCCCAGUGAUGAAAAUGGGAAAGGCAGCUCUAAGGGAGCCGAAUCAACCGAUUUCUCUGAAAAUGACGAAAAGAACCAAGAAGGCGGGCAUUGUGGGGAAGUAUGGUACCCGUUAUGGGGCUAGUCUGCGGAAGCAGAUUAAGAAGAUGGAGGUCAGUCAGCACAGCAAAUACUUCUGUGAAUUCUGUGGGAAGUAUGCAGUGAAGAGGAAGGCUGUGGGUAUCUGGGGAUGCAAAGACUAUGGCAAAGUCAAAGCAGGCGGUGCUUACACGCUAAACACUGCAAGCGCUGUGACUGUUAGGAGCACCAUUCGAAGGCUCAGGGAGCAGACUGAGAGUUAA